AUGAAGGUGGAUAUGCACUUGAUGAAGUUGUACCAGAAUGCAGCUGGCAUGCUUCCAGACAAGUUUCAGAGGGGCGGCCAAAAGGCGAAAACUGGAUCCCCGGAUUUGCAGAUUAUCAUGAUGAAAGAACCUGAUCCUGAACAAGAUGAUUGUUCAGAAGAUGAUAAUGCUGGCAAAGGUGGCGAUGACUAUUACGUGGACGGAGAAAGGCUGGAUGAAGACGAGGAGUUGCGCUGUUACGAGCACUGGAAGAGGAAAGUCAAAUCAAUCCUGGAUCGCAUCAACAUUCGGAAUUUCAUCGGGAAAGAUGCAGUGAUCAAAGUGGAGUAUCUCACAAGCUGCAGGUAUUGGAAAAAAUGGUUUGAUGACAAUCUCCAUGUGACUUUCCGCGGCGGCCUGAAAAGCGAUGAUACUGGGCAUCAUGCCUUUAUCUUCAUGAGGCAGUGGCGCAUUGGUGAUGCACAGUGCCAGUCCUUGGGUUGUUGCCCAUGGCAGGCGGAGGACCUCUUCUGGUGGGAGCAUGAAGAUUCCCAGGCAAUUUGUGGAGGUCAAACCAACAACCUGCCCAAGCUGGAGAACAUGGAGAAGGAAGACCGGGAAAGCUUGAAGGAUCACUUCAAAGAGCGGUUCGAGCACAGUGCCUCUGAAAAGGCGCGCUCCAAUAAGAACAUGAAUGCUGUGAAGAAAGGGAACCUGAAGUGCAUGACCAAAAGGCCCAAAUAUCCAAAGUGUACCAUGCUUGGUGGCUCAUCCGACUACCCCUGUGGCUUCAAGAGCGUGAAAGAUGCUUUUAACUGGCCGAGGGUGUUCUUGGACCGUCUUUGUCAAAAGUAUGGUGCCCCUUUUGUUUGUGCCCGAUUGGGUGCCUGGAAGUGGAGCUUCAGCUCUGCAUUCAGUGGAAUUGGAGCAAGCAGCUCUGGAGUGGUGGAUUUGCCGGUCCUGUGUUUCCUCUACCGCUACCCGGUGGAUGGAAUGCCUACUUUGCAUUCCUGGAUUUCUGUCCUUCGGGCCAUUCUGCUGAAUGGAUUCGAAACCUGGAGGGAGGUGAUGGAAGUGAAGGCUGUGGACGACCCAAUCCCCCUCAACCAGCCUUUGGACUAUGGGAAAGUCCUCCCUGUUAAGGGUCUUGGCCGCAUGAGCAUGAUCUUGUGGGCCAUUGUCCACACAUACAAGCAUCUGGCCGACAAAAUCUCUUCUGGUGGCCCCUUCACAGAAGACUUUCUAAGGUGGCUCCGCACAAUUCAUUACAUCAAGGUCAAGUUCAUGUCCGCCUCAGAGUCAGAAUGUAUGUGGAGACGGAUCCAGGUCAAUGACCCUGCACUGAACUUCAAGAGCGCCUUCCUGAAGGCUGUGGAUGAGUUCAACGGAUAUGGCUCAGCUGUCUUUUCCAGCAAGUCUCGGAUCGAUUCCAACACAGCUUUGCAGCUCUAUGGCUUCACAGUUCCCCGGCCAGAGCUGACCUCCCUGUUCAAAGAACACGCGCCAGUGGAGGAGGAUCAUGUGCGUGAAAGGCUGACGAUCGCAACUCAGGCUUUGGAGGACAAGAUGGACAUGAAAAGCCUAUUCAGUCAAUCGAUCUCGCUGCGGUGCGCCCUGCCCAAUCCGAAGAAGCGUGUGCCACUCCAGUUUGAUGCCUGGGUUGUCUUGCCACUUGGUAUUACAAUCAUGACAUGA